UUCUUCUCUUCUUCAUUACACUCUCAACGCCGCAUUCUUUCCCGCUUCCUCUAUUCCACCUCGCCGUUGCCGGCGCCGGUCAUCGGCGUUCUCCAUCGUCAGUGGAGCUCCAGACGAGCUGCUGAGGGAAAAAGAUAAUCCUGAAAUAAGUUUCCCUACUUGAAUGGCCUGCCUGAGACCACCAGUGAACUUUUCUCUUCGUUUGAUGGCUUCGCGCUUUCUUACUUGCGCUUCCUUUCAUCCAUACAGUAUAUGUUUCUCUUCCACUUUCGCUUCCCCUACUCCAUACCUAUUUGCUGCCAGGUUGAACAGUCGACAUGUACAGGUGAUAAACACAUCUUUGAGGCAAAAUGCUGUGUACCCAAGAGCUUUUAUGUCAUCAACCAUAGCCACUGAAGCAUUUCAGGAAAGCCAAAAUUCCAAGGGUUAUAGCUCUGAGCAAAUUCAGGUAUUGGAAGGAUUAGACCCUGUCAGAAAAAGACCAGGAAUGUAUAUUGGGAGCACUGGACCUCGGGGGCUGCAUCAUUUGGUUUAUGAAAUCCUAGAUAAUGCUGUAGACGAAUCACAAGCGGGCUUUGCAGAUAAGGUAGAUGUGGUCUUGCAUGAUGACGGUUCAGUGAGCAUUACAGACAAUGGGCGUGGGAUUCCCAUUGACUUGCAUCCAGUGACAAAGAAAUCGUCUUUGGAGACUGUUUUAACGGUUUUACAUGCUGGUGGUAAAUUUGGUGGUUUAAAUAGUGGUUACAGUGUCUCAGGUGGCCUGCAUGGUGUAGGCUUAUCUGUUGUUAAUGCUUUAUCAGAGAAACUAGAGGUUACUGUUUGGCGCGAUGGAAGGGAAUACUGUCAAAAAUAUUCUCGUGGAAAGCCUAUUACCUCUUUGAUUGCUCAGGAGCUUCCUGCUGAAUCUAAGGAGAGACAAGGGACAAAGAUAACAUUUUGGCCUGAUCAUGAAGUUUUCACUACUGCAGUUGAACUUGACUAUGAUACUAUAGUGGGACGUAUUCGAGAGCUCGCGUUCUUAAAUCCCAAGCUUACUAUUACUCUGAAGAAGGAGGAUCCUGAUGAUGUGAAUAGCCUAUGCAGUGAAUACUUUUAUGCUGGAGGAUUGGUUGAGUAUGUUAAAUGGCUAAAUACUGACAAGCAACCGCUUCAUGACAUUGUUAGUUUCAGAAAAGAAGCAGAUGGAGUCACCAUAGAUAUUGCUCUACAAUGGUGUUCUGAUGCAUAUUCAGAUACAAUGCUUGGAUAUGCGAACAGCAUUCGCACGAUUGAUGGUGGUACACAUAUAGAGGGUGUGAAGGCUUCAUUGACUAGAACUCUUAACUCUCUAGGAAAGAAAUCGAAGACAGUUAAGGAAAAAGAUAUUAAUUUAAGCGGUGAGCAUGUUAGGGAGGGUUUAACAUGCAUCAUCUCAGUAAAAGUCCCCAAUCCAGAAUUUGAAGGACAAACAAAGACUAGGUUGGGAAAUCCAGAAGUGCGAAAAGUGGUGGAUCAAUCUGUGCAAGAAUUUCUAACUGAAUACCUGGAAUUGCAUCCAGAUGUUCUUGAUUCAAUUCUUUCCAAGUCCCUUAAUGCUUUCAAGGCAGCAUUGGCAGCCAAGAGGGCAAGGGAAUUGGUAAGGCAAAAGAGUGUUUUGAGAUCAUCAUCUCUCCCAGGAAAGCUUGCUGAUUGCUCGAAUGCAAACCCUGAAGAUUGUGAGAUCUUCAUUGUUGAGGGAGAUUCAGCAGGUGGUAGUACAAAACAAGGCCGGGAUAGACGCUUCCAGGCUGUUCUACCAUUGAGGGGUAAAAUAUUGAACGUUGAAAGAAGGGAUGAAGCUGCGAUGUACAAAAACGAGGAGAUUCAAAAUCUUAUUCUUGGUUUGGGACUUGGUGUGAAGGGAGAAGAUUUUAAAAAGGAUGCUCUUCGAUAUCACAAAAUCAUUAUACUAACAGAUGCUGAUGUGGAUGGAGCUCACAUCCGAACCUUGUUAUUGACAUUUUUCUAUAGAUACCAGAGAGCUUUAUUUGAUGAAGGUUGUAUCUAUGUCGGUGUUCCGCCUCUAUAUAAAGUUGAGAGGGGGAAACAAGCAUAUUAUUGCUUUGAUGAGUCAGAACUGAAGAGUCUCCAAAAAUCAUUUCCAUCAAAUGCAUCUUACAAUAUCCAAAGGUUCAAAGGACUUGGGGAGAUGAUGCCUUUACAAUUAUGGGAAACAACAUUAGAUCCAGAAAGACGACAGUUAAAGCGGUUAGUUGUUGAAGAUGCUGCUGAAGCAAAUAGGGUUUUUUCGUCCCUCAUGGGGAAUAGGGUUGAUGGGAGGAAGGAGCUUAUAAAAAACUGUGCAAGUAAGAUCAACCUUAAUCAAUUGGACAUCUGAUUAUAUUGAGGAGGAUAAAUGUUAUCACUAUGUAUUUGUUCAAGAGGAAUUUCUUGUAGUUUCAAUUAAUAUUUUAGGAGAAUUAUGUUAUUUUUUGUUUAAAGGAAACAGUUCCGAUUGAUGUUGUUCUA